CACAUUCUCCUUCCAUCUUCAAAAAACAAACAAAAACCCCCUAAAACCCUAAAUCCCCCAGAGCCCCCACUCGGUGGAGGAGGGCAACGAACAAAUUAACGAGGCGAAAUCUCCCGAUCACGAUCGAGUCCAAGGUACCAAUCCUUCUCUUCCUCCUUCGAAACCCCCAGUUUUAUGUAAAAACGCAGAUUUUAUGUGCUUAGAUUGGGACUUUUAUGUACUUUGGUAGCAAUGGAGGGGCUAGAACAAGAAGAAGAAGGGGAUAUUAGGGACCUAGAGCGGUAUAAACCUCCAGUUCAUAUUUCAUUCAGAGCAAAACUCAUUGAAAUUUUGAAGGAUUUGCAUUCUCCAGAGGUACAGAUAUACUCCGAAGCUUCGAAGGAGUUUGUAGGUUUGCUAGAGGGGGAUUUGGGAGGAGAAGUUCUUCGAGAGUACAUCCAGCUGUCCCCUCGAUGCUCGGAGAUUCUGGAAUCGUGGAGGCUUCAUCAAGGCAAGCCCGGGAUGUUCUACAUACUAUCCUUAGUUUCAGCUUUACUCGAUCACCCGGUCGUGAGGACGAAGUCUGCCGGGAUCAUCAAGAACAUUCAUGAGCUCGGAGACUUUUUGUUGACGAAGAAAUUGGACGAUAUUUAUACAGAGCUUAAUUCGCGAGAGUUUAGGAGGCAGGGAGCGGCGCUGCUGUUACUCUCUUCUAUCGUCAAGAUUGGUGUGGGUUUAGCUUCGAAGGCCGCUGACGUGUUUGAUUUCAAGCUCCCGGUUCUCUCCAAGCUCUCGGGGAUUCAGAAGAAGAAGGCAGGCGGAAAGGACGCGAAGCAUGGGACGAGACGAAGCGCGACAAGGCCGGCAUUUGUUAGGUUCGCCAUGUCUUUUAUCGAAGCGGGCAAUUCAAGGUUGUUGAGAUGGAUCCUUCAGAAGAGGGAGAUUUAUUCCGCCGUGUUUCGCGGUCUUGGCAGUGAUGACGUUGAUACUGUUGUCUAUGUUCUUUCUACAUUAAGGGAUAAGGUUCUCUCGAAGGAUUCACUUAUUCCUCCUGGGCUGAGGAGUGUUCUCUUUGGGAGCAUCACUCUCGAGCAGUUGAGCAACAUUUCAGGGAACCCAAAGGCGGGGCCUGCUGCUGAUUUGGCACAUGAAGUUUUGGUCAUGGUGUGUACUGAUCCUUGCAAUGGGUUGAUGCCUAGUAUGAACUCCAAGGGGAAUCAUAAGCGGCUUUUUGAUCUUAUGAAGAAGUUGAGGGCUACGGAGGCUGCAUAUCACAAGGAACUGCUUCUGGCUGUUGUGGGGAAGAUACCAUCUUUAUGUGCUGCUUACAUGGACGAGUUCCCUUAUAAUCUUAAGCCACGAUCUUCACCAUGGUGGUUUUCUGCUGUUUCGCUUGCUGCAGACAUGAUUUCUUCUGUAAACUUUAAUACUGUGGUUGCUUCACUCACUUCUCAUUCUCUUGACAAACCAACUGUGGACCACCCUGAAGUGCAGAAUAUAUUGAAAUGCAUCAUUCCACGUCCAUUCAGUCGGUCAUUUAUCAGCACAGGUUUGCAACAUGCCGAUGGCCCUGUAAAGCAUGGCACUCUACGAAUUGUUUUAGAAUCACUCAAGUCAUUGGCUGGUCUACUGCUGGAAAUUGACAGAACAGUAGAGAGGAUGAAUGGUAAACGAAAUGACACGUCUAGCAAAGUUAUAUCUUCGUUGGAUGGCCCCAGCGUCAAUUGUUUCGCUGAACUUGACAAGUGUUUGGGUACUUGUGAAAUUAGCAGACCCGCUAUUAAUGACCUAGAAACCAACAAGUGGGUGUCUGUGAGACAGUUAAUUCAGGAUGAAGUAAGAGCGAUGCUGCCUGAGCCUCAAGUUCUGUUGAAGUUAUUAUCUUCAUCAGGUCAGAAACAUUCCAAGCUUCCAGAGAGAGGCUUAAAGAGAGAUGCAGAUUUGCCUGAAGUUGGUUUAAAAAAAAGGAAACUGAACGAUGCAAGUGAGGACAUUGAUAUUAUUAUAAGUCGAAUAGAUACUGAAGGCAGUAAUGGUACAACUAAGGACUUUGAUAAGCUUGAAGCUGAAAAUAUGAUGGAAGAGUUGGAUGUGCAGAAGGAUGAUACGGUGGUAAUAGCUGAAAUUUGGGGCUUGAGUGAGAAAACGAUGAUCAGCAGUGAACCAAAUAGUAUAGAGAAUUUCUUCCAGUCCAAGUUGUAUGAUGCUUUCAAAUUCUAUAUGAGGACAGUGCCUCUUGCUGUUGAGGGAUCAUUUGACUUCUUCAAACUUUUACCAGUUGACCCUUCAAGUCUGUCUACAUGUCAGCUAGAGUCCCUCUUGUCUCUCUUACGUGAAUGUAUUCAACAAGCGCCAGGAGGCAGGAUUUCAGCUAGAGCCCCCAAAUUUUUGUACAAACACUUGCAGCGAUUAAUAAACAUCUUAUUGUAUUCACAUGUUAAAGGCAUUCGAGAAGAGGCAUAUGUUCUGGCUCGAGCAGCUAUGACAAGCACCGGUGCCUUUGAUCAAAAUGUCUCUGAAAUUGAUGUAUGGUUGUCUUCAUUAACUGGCUAUUGUACGAAAAGUCAUAUUGCAGGUGGCGAAGGGGCGGAAGUGAUUCACUGCUUGUCCAAUAAUGUCAGUUCAUUUCUUUGUGAUGCUGCUUCAACAGUUGGAAACAACUUGUAUAAGUAUCUGGAUCAAAUGCGAGAGCUAAUCUCUAAGUUAGAGAAUGCUAAUGACGAUUCUCCUGGUUUUAGUCCUCUCAUCAUUUGUGUCCUAGAGAAGUGUCUCAGGUUGCUUGAAUCAGAAUCCAGAACCUAUAAAUUAUAUGAAAAGUCCAUGAUUUCGUUGUAUGCAUGCAACACGAUAAGCUUAAUCUUGCAGACCCAGGUGGAUGCAAGAACAUUAUCUGGCGUAGUACGUCUGAUCUUGACUGAAAAGUUUAAUGGUUAUCCUUCAGAAGACAUGGAAGCAAAGAGCGACCUUUGUGAGUGGAGGCCAGUUAAUAAUCUCUUGCGCUUUUCCCAGGGUGUUUUUGAUCAAGAUAGUUGUAGUUUGUUUACAAUUUCAAGAAGUGCUGUCAAACAGUGUGAUGGCUCUUUGUCCCCAGUACUAGUUAAGGUAAAGGAGCUUCUAGAGGGGGAUCAUGGUGUUAGGCAAGUUGGUGCAGCUGUUGCUUUUACAUCAUCUAUUGUUUGUGCAACUCCUCAGGAUAUGUUGACCAACUUUCAGCUGCUUCUUACUGUUACAAGACAACAUUUCAGAUCAUAUCUUCCUUUCUUGUCAUGGGUACUUUUCCUUGAACAGGGUUUUCUAGCCAAUGUUGUUGAUCUGGAGACAAAUAUCGUCUCAUCCGGCCUUAAAAUGAUUGAGGGUGUAAUUGGUAAUUUCGAAGGAAGCAAACUUCAAUCGCUCAAUAGCAAUAAAGCUCCCCAACUUUCAGAAAUAGAAGACCUUCUAGAUAAAGAACCAGCUUCUUCUGCUGCCUUAUUUUUAUAUAGUGCUCCAUUUUGUGCUCUAUUUUCGGCAAUCAUGUGUGUUGAAAGUGCUAAGUCAGGCUCAAGUGGAAAGCUAGAUGUACUGCAUUCAAGUGCAAUGCUAAGCUUGCUUCAAGUUAAGCUCUCUGAAGGUUCUCUUGACGACUCCAUCUUAUCUUUGAGAAUGUUACUAUUUUGGACUAACCAGAUGAUGCGAUUCCUUAAGACCAACCAGAAUGUGUCAUCCAGGACCACCACAUCAACUAUUUUAAAAGAAAAACUCCAAAUGUGCAUCACUCUUGUUAGAUAUCUAUUAGAUCAUACGUUGGUUGCAUUUUCUGAUGUUACUGGUUUUAAAACUUUGGGGGUAUCGUCUCUUACACAUUAUGUUCAAGAUGUUGUUGACUUCAUUUUCCAGCAUCCUGUUAUGGCUUUUGCCUUGUCGCAGCCUCUCAGCUUCAGCAGCUUGGGAAAUAAUGUGCAAACCUUGAUGACUUCCCAAGAAAAGUUUCAUCCUGUUGACUGUAAUUUCUUGCGGUUAUUAAGGAUAGUCUUUGACUUUGUCUUAUCUGCUAGAGAUCUGCUCUAUUGUUCAUCUGAAAUGCCUGAUUUUUCUCCUGGAAUAGUUUUAAGCGCUCCCAGGAACUUUGUUGAAGACUUAAUGGAAAGCUUUAAGCUUUCUGUUCUCAAGAGAGAUGAACUGAUUCUCCCUAGAUUUUACAUACUUCAUUGCUUGAUGAAGUUUGUAUCACCAUUCGAGUUGCUCGAAGUUGCAGACUGGAUGUAUGUUGAACUCAAAGAUAGCAUUUCCAGGAGCACGUCAUCAUUUGCGAAUGUUGUUGUUUCUGUUGGUUUGUAUAUCGUGGAUGGUGCAUUGGAUAUGAUAUUUAGGUACUUGCAUCAGCCGAGAAUGGACUCCCAAUUUAAUUCAUUGUGGGAGGGGGAAUCCAAGAUUUUCAAUAUAUCCAUCCUUCUUAACCUUUAUCAGAAGAUUCUGGAGUUUGGUAUCAAUUUCAAUCUUCAAUGUGCUGAGGCAUGUUUGUUGAAGAUUGUCACUGCUGCUUAUAGUCAGAGAUUUGCUAAACCUGAUCCUGCUCUGUUUCCACUAUGUACACAGUUGUCUAGGAUGAUUGCCAACAGUCCCAUGAAGAUGCUUGCAUAUUGCUUUUAUCCCACCAGCAAGAUAAAAACAAAAAUUCUAUUACAGCUUGUUGAAGUUAGCCCUUUGCAUAUGCAUCACUUUGGGAAGAUAUUUUUGGGAAUUUUAAACAAUAACUUUUCUGAUUUAGUUCUAUUAAAUAAAGAUGGUGUGCGGUCAGCUAAGUGCAAUAGGACUAACGAGGUCAGUAAUUGUGCCUUUUCAAAUGAUGAUUUUGUGCAUUUAUUGCCUGUGGCUUUGUCGUAUAUGGUGUUUAUCAGACAUAAAUAUGGGGGCCAGGAGCUAAAACCACUCGGAACAAUUGCUAAGUUCUAUUCUCGUAUGCUUUUGGACGGGUUCUCAAGAUGGAAAGACUAUGUCUCUCAAGACAUUUUCCAAGAGGAUUAUGAUGAACCAGUGCCAACAUCUCUCGAGAAUUUUCAUAAAUUUUGCUGCUCUACUCUUCUUGGUAAAGCAAUCACCAUGUUGCAUUCUUCUCUUUUACUAAGUGAGAUUAGGGUGAAAGACAUACAGCUAUUGGGAAUAUUUGAUUCUGUUUAUUCAGACAGAUCUUUGUUUGAUCCACAUCUUCCUGGUUGUGAAAACCUUGGUUCGUGUUCCUACAAGGAGUCCUUAAAAAUUCUUGAUGUUGUUGCUGCUAAAAUUUCCUUUGCGAGAUUAUUAUUAUUUCCAGGAGCAAGUCUGACAUCUAGUACAAUAGAAGAAAAUGGAAAAUCCAAAGGAAUAUGGACGGAUAGAGAAUCUAACAUUACAGGUUACGCAAAAAGAUUUAUGUGCAUCCUGGUCGAUGCAUGGGAAGACAUCAUAACAAAAAUUCCUCUCAAAUUUAAUAGCUCCUGUGUAUCAUGUAGUGCUGAAUGCUAUCCAGUUUUCAGGUUCCUAGAACAUUACAUACUAAGCAACAUUGUCCAAUUGUCCACAGACAUCAAAAUCUAUCAAAGGGAAGCACCAUCUAUUCAUUUUCUAGAACAAUUUGUCAAGUCUUCUCUCCUUCACAGAUUUGAGGAUCCUCUUACUUUAAGAGCAAUUCGUUGCAUUCUAGUGGCGCUAUCAGAAACAAGAUUUUCUUCUUGUGCUGUUCUUGAACAAUUGAUUAGAGACUCUAAAUUUGUUCCAGUAAUGGUUGGAAGUUCUGCUGAUUCAGAAUUAUCUACUGUUAGUACCUCUGGAAUGUUAAUGCAACCACUCCCCAGUAUCUUGAAAUCUCUAGACAUCUCAUUUGUGGACCAAACUGUCCCUGAUGGCAGGAACACCUCUGACAUGUCCUUGGGGCUGCAAUCUUAUCGCUGUUCUUUUGAGGGUGUUAGGUUAGAACUAGUUAAGUUGCUUAGAGUACUUUAUCAUCUUAAAGAUCAACAGAAAAAUUUUCAGAGCGCAAAUGUUGAUGGCAGAAAUUCAAGGGAGUUGCUUUCUUUGCUUUUAUCAAGCUAUGGGGCAACUAUGAGUGAAAUUGACUUGGAGAUUUUCCAUCUUAUGCAUGAGAUUGAGACGAUUGAAGGAUCAUAUUGUUGGAGUAUUGCGGCUAUGGAUUAUCUCUGGGGCGGUUCGGCCAUGAAACUUAGAAACGAAUUGUUUCUUGAUGGAUCUGUAUCAUCUGACGUGGAAGCUGCAAAAGAAAGGCGCAAAGUAUUCUUUAGAGAGUAUAUUCCAGUUGAUUCGAAUUUAUCUGUCAUGACAGCAUUGCAUUUUUGCAGCGAUAGAUCUUCAAGGAUUGCUCUAAUGUCACUAGAAAGACUUUUGGAGGACAAUUUUGUGGAUUCUUCAGAGAAAAUAUCAUCUUCAAAUAUUAACAUGGUUCAAAGAUACGACCCUGCUUACAUAUUGGCGUUUUCUAACCACUGUCUUGCCAUGGGGUACCUGGAGCCGACAGAGUUUUCUAGAUUAGGCCUUCUAGCAAUUUCAUUUGUUAGCAUAUCUUCACCUGAUGAAGAACUACGGAAAUUGGGGUACAAUUGCCUUGGAAAAUUCCAGGAUGCUUUGAAGACUUGUCAGAAGAGGAAGGAGACACUGCCACUUCAACUUCUUUUAACAAAUAUCCAGAAUAGGAUAACAGCGGAAUGGCAGAGAAUUCCUUCUGUGAUAGCUAUUUUUGCUGCUGAAGCCUCUCUCAUAUUGUUGGAUCCUUCUCAGAAUCAUUUUCUUACAUUGAGUGAAUUCUUAGAGAACUCACAAAAGAUUAAACUGAAGAGGAUCCCAUUUUUUCCUAAGUUGUUCAGAAGUGGUUCCAUCCAUUUCAAAAUGGACCGUCUAUGGAUACUGCGGCUACUAUGCGCGGGAUUGAAUUCAGAUGUUGAUGCUAAAAUAUAUAUGAAACAAGAAGUUUUAAAUCUGUUGCUGAGUUUCUUUGGUUCUUCGCUCGCGGAUCACGAGUCAAAGAUUCUUAUACUUCAGAUAGUGAAGAAAUGUGUUAGACUUUCCAAUAUAGCUCUUUGUUUAAUCAAGAAACAUGGUCUAGUUUCAUGGUUAUCCUCUAUUCUUUUGUCCUACGGGAAGAGGCUUGCUGGGGAUCAUCAAGAAUCUUCUCUAGCAGUUAUAGAGUUGGUCUUGAAGGUUCUCGGUGAUGGAAUCUCAUCUGGAACUAUCAGUCAAUGGCUGCAAGAAUAUGCUCCUGAGCAAUUACUAGAUCUUUCAUCUCAUUUACAUAUGCUAAUAGUGAGCCUCCUGAAGUUGCCGAAGGGAAAUACUUCUUUAAUAAAGGCUUUACUGAGUGUGACUGUCUCAAUUUUGAAAAUAUCAAAGGACAGAGAUUUAGAUAUAUCACAGGAUAAAAAAAAAUUUCGCCCAAAUUUGACCUUAUCACUUGCGGGGUUAUUUCAGUUGUGCCAGGCUGUUGACAUGGAGCUCAGUAUUCCAGGAACUAGUUCUACAAGUGAGAUUUGGCUAAAUAUCAUCCUUAUGUCUGCACCAGUACCAGCUGUGACUCUCAUGGACAAGGCGAGACUAUCAAAGCUUCUUAUGCUGGCAGUUCCACCUGCUUUACAACCAUCCUCAAAGCAAAAAUCCAUGGCCAAUGUUCCAAAUUCUUAUCUGCUUAUUUCGUGUAAGGAACAUCAGGGAGAAGAAUCCCUUGGUUCUAAGCUUUUACGCUGGGUGUCAGCUUCAGUAAUUCUUGGAUGCUUUACAAACAAAUGUUCAAAAAUGAAUAAAUUUUUUUCAAUAAGUAGAUCAGAGGUUGAAACUUUACGGCCCAUAGUGGAAGAAAUCAGCAAAAAGGAGUGUGGAGGUGGGGAAGAAUAUUCUAGUUCUGAUGAGGCAUUAGCUGUCAUACUACUUUACCUGCAACAGAUUCUUGGAAGGAGUUGCAGUUUUCUUCCAUCGGUCAUAUUAGCACUUUGUUUAUUGCUCUUAGGCCAUUCAACUAGUACAUCAGGGAAUGUCACUCUAGAUGGGGCUACUGAAGCAAUAGCUUCACUAUGCUCAAAAAUAUAUUGCCCUCCUGAACUUAAUCCAGAUUGGAGGUGGUACUAUGAUAGGCCAUGGCCAUGGAGAGACGAAGAGCACUCACGAGCGAGAACUGCGAGAGAACUAAUGGAAGAAGAGCAAGCAUGUCAAAGCAUGCUUAUAAUGUUUUCAAAUGCUCUUGGGUGGAAAUCCUCUGCUUCGUCACUUCUCUUACAUAAAGACGUGGAGAGUUUUGGACUGCAUGAGUGGGAAAGAGAGACUUUUCUUGUGAGCAAACAUAGCAAGAAGCGGAAACAAACAUCAAAGUGAUUCUAUUAAGUUGUACGCAUAUUCUUAUUUGUCCACAAUUUUGCCCAGAGUGAUUCUGCUAGGCUGUACGCAUAUUUUUAUUUAUCCGCAAUUUUGCCAAACAUGUUUCAUUGUUUCGAGCAAAUGUAAAUAUCUUGUAUCGUAACUGGCCUUUAUAUGAAAAAAGUUUUGGCUUUGCCGAGGUUUUGAACUGUA